UUAACCUUAACCAUGAGCCCCCCCGCAGUGUCCCCAGGAGGAGGACUUUUUGGACAAGGACUGACAGCACGAAUGAGCGGAAGGUGAGGGACCACCAGCAUCCUCUUAGUUUCCUUCCGGAAAGUCCCCCCUCCUGGGCCCACUGGGAACGAGGGGGCCGCCGCAGGCCCACGAGCGCACCCCGGGUUACAGAGCACUUCUCACACGGCCCAUGGCACCCGCGCGACCCACCCCCCAGGCCUGGCGUCACCCCAGCCUUCAGGCCCUGGAAGCCACAGGGACCCCGAGGCAGAGAGGCAUGGGGGUCGCGCUGAUUCACAAAGCCUGGGAGGAGCCCCAGGGGUGCGGAGAGCAGCAGGUGCGUGUGGGGAAGGAGAAAGAGCAGGCUGACCUCAGGCCACUUCCUCCACGUCGAGCUCCCCACCCCUCCCCAGCGGGGGCCCAGGCCUGUCCACCUCCACCUCCUCCUCCCGGCCUCUCUCCCUUAUCUCUCCCUGCUGGCCGCUGCCAUGCCUGCUCCCCAACCUUUGUACCUUGCUCCGAGCUCGCUGUUCUUUUCCUGGACCUGGGAGUCAGGCCUCACUUUCACUCGGGGCUCGCGUCCUCAAGGUCGCCUCGCCAUGUGCACGGGGAAGUGCUCCCGCUUCGUGGGACUCUCCCUCAUCCCCCUCUCCCUGGUCUGCAUCGUGGCCAAUGCCCUCCUGCUGGUGCCUGGGGGCAAGACCACCUGGACGGACAACACCCACCUCAGUUUGCAAGUCUUGCUCAUGGCCGGCUUCCUCGGGGGAGGCCUGAUGGUGCUGUGUCCCGGCAUCUCAGCGGUUCGCGCGGGGGGCAAGGGCUGCUGCGGUGCGGGCUGCUGCGGAAAUCGCUGCAGGAUGCUGCGCUCCGUCUUCUCCUCGGCAUUCGGGGUGCUGGGGGCCAUCUACUGCCUCUCGGUGUCGGGAGCCGGGCUCCGAAUUGGACCCAAGUGCCUCAUGGACCACCGCUGGGACUACCACUUCCAGGACACCGAAGGCGCCUACUUAAAGAACCGCACCCUGUGGGAUCUGUGCGUGGCGCCGCCCGGCGUGGUGUCCUGGAACGUGACGCUCUUCUCGCUGCUGGUGGCCGCCUCGUGCCUGGAGAUCAUGCUGUGCGGGGUGCAGCUGGUGAACGCCGCCCUCGGCGUCUUCUGCGGCGACUGCAGGAAGAAGGGCUCCCCCAGCUGAGGCUGCGCUGACCGCUCUGCUCGCUCCUGGACGCCCGCCUGGCCCACCCUGCCCUG